GGAAGCCAUGGUGUGCAUUCCUUGUAUUGUCAUUCCGGUUCUCCUCUGGGUCUACAAGAAAUUCCUUGAACCGUACAUCUAUCCUGUUAUUGCACCUUUCAUUAAGCGUGUAUGGCCCAAGAAAGCUGUGCAAGAAACAAAACAAGGUCGAGGAGGCAGCGCUGGAAAUCCACGGGCACCUUCAGCCACGAAAAGAGAUCAGGAGGAUGAGUCUGGAAUUUAUAAAUUUGAAGGCAAUGGGCUUGCAAAUGGAAUUGAUGCAAAGAGAUCCACAGAGGUUCCUGACAAGAAAACGGAUUAAAGGAAUUAAUUCAUAAGGAUUUUGUUCCCUUGUGUCCAAUACGAACUGGUGAUAUUUCUCUCACUUUGACACUUUUUUCUUUGCACAUUUUAGCUGAGUAAAAACCCUUAUCACUUACAGGAGAGGGUCUCUCUUGCCACUAAAAUGGCAGCUAGCACGUUUCUUAAUUUAAAAUGUUUGAAAACUGAUGUUCUGUACUUUCCUCACUGGAACUACUUUUCAUCCACAAUCUAUUUGGUGUGAUUAGAGUUUAGGUUAAAUAACACAUGAAUAAAUCUAGCUUUGGAAGGUAAA